AUGAAAUCGAUUGAGGAUUUCAAUCUGGACGCCGAAAUCUCAGACUGUAUCUUUGCUACCUCUCCCAAGGACGAUAACGAUGGUGGCAGCGACGCCUCAUGUCUGUCUAUCAAAAGCAGCCGCUCGUCAACAUCGCCAAGCCCUGCUAGCACGUCGAGCAACGAUGCCCCCGCCCAUAUGCACAGGAACCCUCCGGAUCCACAGACUCCCCAAGAUGUACACCCCACGACGACGCCUUCUCAGCACCAACAGCCACAGGCAAGCUCUGCCCCUGACCGCAGCCAAGCCCUGAGCGAACUACGCAACCAGUACAGACGAGAAGGUAUCCGCGGGGCCCGUCCAAGCAGCUCUCCGCCGUCCGCUCACCCACCUUUCGAGAGCAUUGAUACACCCACUCGACCGCCGUUAGUACCGUGGUUUGCAAGUCCGCUGUCUCCAGCCGUCCCCGGGCAGACAGAUCCAGAAGACGAUGAGGUCAACUCGUGGCUACUCGGCGUGCAUCUCACGCCUCUCCUCAGAGCCUGGGGGUCCCGGCUCGAAAGCUUCCGCCAGCACAACCCUGACGCCGCCCACUCGCUUCUUCACCAUCUAGAAGAUUUUAUCGCCAAUGAAAGAGACGACAACCAAAAAGAAAUCCAAGCCCCCGAGGCUCCAAGCCAGGCCGAGACCUUCUUCGAUACCAACACCCCGGCUCGGCCCCGCGCCGGCGCCCAAAUCUAG